AUGAAGAGAUAUGCAGAAAAACGUCUGCAGGAGGAAGAACAAUUCAGGGAAUUGGCAAAACAGGUGGCAGAGGGCGAGAAAAACGCAAAGGCAGCUAAAGAAAAGAUCACAAAGUUAAAGCAGAAAAUUGUGAAAGAAGUAUCCGAACAAAAUCAGGAGCUCCUUCGUCAAGCGCUUGAGGAACAACAGAAGGAGCUUUGCAGAAAGUUUCAAAUCAUCCAUGAAAUUCACGUUAUUGAGACUCUUCCUCGCAUUAGACUAAACGGUUUCGAUGACACGGAGACUGCGGACCAUGAGCUGCACAGUGGGAUGUCCCUGGCAGAGCUGAAGGUGAGGCUGGCUCUGCUGAGGCAGCGCCAGCAGAAAGAGGAGGAGGAGAGACGGAGCCUCAUUGUGGCGGAGAGACAGAAAAAGAAGCAGGAGAUGCAGGAGGCGCUUGAGAAAAUUGAGCUACACAGGAGAGUGCUUGCAAAGGAAGCUGCAGACAGAAAAGAGGAAAAAAAGGCCAAGCAGAAGCUCCUACAGCAGUUUGUGGCUCAGGAUGAAACCAUCCUGGCUCUAAAAAAGAAGUUAGAAGAGAAGACGCAGGAGUGCCAGAGAGUGAAGCAAACUGAGAUGAGCAGGACCAAACCCGCAAAGAAGACCUCCACAGGACCGCCUGCUCAGAAAGAUGUAAAAACAUGGGAGGAACUGGAGCAAAGUUUAGCUCGCUAUAUUCAGGAUACUCCAUGAUUCAACCUUUUCCGAGAAAACACGUAACGGUCUUGUGAAAGGCACUCCCUAAGAUAGUUCUUGCUUUAUCUUCUCAUGAUCCUAAAGUUUCCUGACACCUUAUUUUGUUUUAAAUCCUAUUAAAGUGACUUUAUGCACAGAAUCAGAUCAUCAGCUCCCCUCCUGUUUCUAGACCAGAUUUUGUUUCAUUUCCUCCCACAGCUUCAUAAAGCAUGAAAAGGUGAAAAGAGAAGUGGGCCUUGAACCUGUGACUCAACAGGGAAUUUUCCCUCCCAACAAAACCAGUUCAUGGAAACAAGUUACUAAAAUCUGUUCAUUGUUACUAAGAAUUUUCAG